AUGGUCAAGAAACAAACGAGUCCCGCCUAUGUCCUGGGCGUGGGCAUGACCAAGUUCAUCAAGCCGCGCGGCAAGGUCGAUUAUAAUGAGCUGGGCUACGAGGCCGGUAUCAAGGCCAUGCUGGAUGCCAAAAUCACCUACGACGAUGUGGACCAGGGUGUUGCCUGUUAUGUCUAUGGUGAUAGCACCUGCGGACAGCGUGUCUUCUACCAGUUUGGUCUGACCAAUAUCCCUAUCUACAAUGUCAACAACAAUUGCUCCACUGGUAGCACUGGUCUGGCCAUGGCUCGUACGAUGGUCUCGCACGGUGCUGCGGACUGUGUUCUCGUUGUGGGCUUUGAGAAGAUGAAUCCCGGUAGCUUGCAAUCUAUGUACAAUGACCGUGCCAACCCAACUGGUCUGUUCGGUAUGAUGAUGGCCGAGACCCGCGGCAUCACCAACGCCCCUGGUGCUGCGCAGAUGUUCGGUAAUGCCGGCCGUGAAUACAAGGAGAAGUACGGCGCUACAAACGAGGACUUCGCCGAGAUCGCCCGCAUCAACCACGAACACUCCAAGCGCAACCCCUACUCGCAGUUCCAGGACGAAUACACCCUCGAGCAAAUCAUGAAGGCCCCCAUGAUCCACGAGCCCCUGACCAAGCUGCAGUGCUGCCCCACCUCCGACGGUGGUGCCGCCGCCGUCAUCGUCUCGCAGGAGUUCCUCGAUGCCCGCCCGCACCUGAAGGAUCAGGCCAUCCUGAUCGCCGGUCAAUGCCUGGCUUCCGACACCGAUCAGGUGUACAGCAAGAGCUCGAUCGACCUGAUGGGCUUCGGCAUGACUCGAUACGCUACCCGCACCGCCGCCGCCGAGGCCGGCAUCAACGUCAAGGACGUCAAGGUGUGCGAGUUGCACGACUGCUUCUCCGCGAACGAGAUGAUUACCAUCGAUGCGUUGGAGCUGUGCGAGCCCGGUAAGGCGCACGAGAUGGUUCGUCGUGGCGAUAUCACCUACGGCGGCAAGAUGGUCAUCAACCCCUCCGGCGGUCUGAUCUCCAAGGGUCACCCCCUCGGCGCGACUGGCAUUGCCCAGUGCGCUGAGCUGGUCUGGCACUUGCGUGGUUGGGCUAACAACCGCCUCAUUGCCGGUACCGAUGCGGCUCUGCAGCACAACCUGGGUCUUGGCGGUGCCGUCGUGGUCACUGUCUACAAGCGCCCCGAUGGCAAGGUUGCCGUGGCCGUUCCUUCGGAUGUUGUUGGCAAGCUCAAUGGUCUUGGAUAUAACCCUGCCGUCGAGGCUCGCGGAUUCACUGCCGAGCAGGCCAAGUCGGUUGUUAGCAAGAAGCACAGCAAUGCUUGGGCUGUUUCUGAUGCUCAAGACCGGGUUCUUGCCCGUUUCUAA